CUACUGGCAACACGUAUAUGCUGCUGUCAAAGUAUUAAAAAAAAGAAAUUGAAAUUUGAAGUUAGGUACUAUUUUAAGUUAACCUAAAAUUUUCAAGAAUAAAUAGUUCCAUUCCGAGUAUUUUCUUUAGUGUAUUUAAUUUCCAUAAAGUUUUAAUUUCAAUUGAGUAACAGUGAAUAGAAACAGAUCAUAAAAAUGGCUGCUCCUCCUGAAAUGAGUGAAGCUGAUCAAAUCAAAACGUUCAAAGAUUUCUUGGUACAGUACAACAAACUGUCUGAAUUGUGCUUCAAUGAUUGCAUUCAUGAUUUUACAUCCAGAUCAAUAAAACCUUCAGAGGACAAAUGCACAGUCAAUUGCAUGGAGAAGUAUCUACGAAUGAACCAGAGAGUGUCACAACGAUUCCAUGAGUUCCAAAUGCUUGCAAAUGAAAAUAUGUUGGCAUUAGCACAAAAAUCUGGGAAUCCAAGCUAAGUUUAGUUACUAAUGUAAAGUUGUAUUUAUUAUGUUUAGUUAGAUAUUAUAAUGUCGUGACUGUUGGCAAAUAAAUAUUUGUUGAAUGACUUAAA